UUUCAUAGAAUCUAAUUCCUUUUUGUUUCUAUUUCCUUGUUCGUUAAAACUCUUUCUACAUUUACGAAAGUUGAAUGUCACAUCCAUCGCCACCUAUUGCAGGUGAAUUAGUCGUUGUUGCGCUGAAAGCUGAAAAGCUGCAGCACAGAGCAGCAAAAAAACAAGAUCCAUUUUGUGUCUUUAGAGUUGGCGAUAUAAUAAAACGAACAAAAACCGAUUAUGGAGGGGGAUUAUACCCUAUAUGGGACGAUCAGGUAAAUAUUCCUAUAUCAAUUGGGCAGCAUGAACUUCACAUUCAACUUUUUGAUAAAACUACCAGUCCCAGCAAUUUGAUGGCAGAAGGGUUGGUUGAUUUACGUAAAGUGCUCAAAGAGAAAGAGCAUGAUGGAUACUUCCCACUGAGUUUCCGGGGAAAACCAGGUGCAGGCGUGAUAUAUUUAGAAUUGACCUUCUAUUCUGCUGUGAAUGCUUCAAGGCCUCAGCAGCAGGUGAGAUAUCAACAACCAGCAAAUUAUCCACCUAGUAGUAGACCACAGUAUCCUCCUCAGCAUGCGUAUUCUUCUCAACAUGUGUAUCCUCCACUACAGCAUCAACUUCAGCAUGCGCCUCUUCCACCGCGACCUAUUGAACAUCAUCAAGCAGGGCUACCACAUAUACCUCAGCAACAGCCUAUGCAAAGGCCAUUAUCACAAUAUAAUAGUAUUAGACAUACAGCACCCAAUCAAAUGCGCCCACUUCCUCAUUCGCAACAGCAACAGCACAGACCACCACCGACGCAUCAGCAACGGCCUCUACCGCAACCACCCAUUCAACAACAACAUCAUCCAUCCGCCGGUACUGCUCAAAUAGUCUCUCCAAUGACUUCUGCUCCUCAGCCAUUAUUAUCAGCACCAUAUAAUCCAGUACCAUCUCUUGCUGCAAGGCCAGCAAAUCGUAAGUGUCUAUUUUUCACAAAAUUUAGAGUUUUUUAUGGAAAGCAUGUUUAUAACACUGAUAUUUCUACGCAGUAAGACAAUCUUAUCCUCCCGCCGCUGUAGCGGGUUAUCCACCACAACCACCUAUUAAUCCAGGAGGCUUUCAGGGCCCGUCAAUGCAGCAACAUCACUCUUACCCACAGUUACCAUUAGCCCCUCAGCCACUUCAACAGCAGGGAUUCUAUCCUCCACAACAUCAUCCUCAUCCGCCCAUGAAUGGUAUGCCUAUGCCUCUACCAGCCGGCUUCCGACCACCGACAGCUAAUGGCUAUCCACCUUAUUGAAACUGUAGAAUGAAGACUAUAAACUAUGAAACAGCUCAUUUCGAAAAUACUGAAUAAUUACUUAGCGUUUUCAUGCCAAUAUCUUAUUCUGGGCAGUUUGUAACAAUUGUACUCCAUAUAGUGCCUUUAAUAAACGUAUGU